AUGGUCAAGGCCGUAGUAGCAGGAGCGUCUGGAGGCAUUGGACAGCCCCUCUCAUUGCUCCUCAAGAACUGCCAGCUCGUCGAUGAGCUUGCCCUCUACGAUGUCGUCAACACACCCGGUGUCGCUGCCGAUCUGUCACACAUCUCCACACCAGCGACUGUAAAAGGCUACCUUCCCAAGGAUGAUGGCCUCAAGGAUGCUCUGACUGGCGCCGACAUCGUUGUCAUCCCCGCCGGUAUUCCUCGCAAGCCUGGUAUGACCCGUGAUGAUCUCUUCAAGAUCAACGCUGGCAUCGUCAAGGAUCUCAUCGAAGGCGUUUCCAAGUUCUGCCCCAAGGCCUUUGUUCUUGUCAUCUCCAACCCCGUCAACUCCACAGUUCCCAUUGCCGCCGAGGUGCUGAAGAAGGCUGGUGUCUUUGACCCCAAGAAGCUCUUUGGUGUCACAACCCUCGAUGUUGUCCGUGCCGAGACCUUUGUUGCCGAGAUCACUGGCGAGAAGAACCCCGGCAAGCUGUACAUUCCUGUCAUCGGCGGUCACUCUGGCGCCACAAUUGUUCCCCUUUUCAGCCAGGCCAAGCCAAGUGUUGAAAUCCCGGCCGACAAGAUGGAGGCUCUAGUCAACCGCGUCCAGUUUGGUGGUGACGAAGUUGUCAAGGCAAAGGAUGGCGCUGGUUCAGCCACUCUUUCUAUGGCUUACGCUGGAUACCGCUUCGCCGAGAAGAUCAUCAAGGCCUCCAAGGGCGAGAAGGGUAUUGUCGAGCCCAGCUACGUCUACCUUCCUGGUGUAGAAGGCGGAGACGCCAUUGCCAAGGCCACAGGCACUGACUACUUUUCUGUACCCAUUGAGCUUGGUCCAAACGGUGCCGAGAAGGCCAUCGACGUCGUCAGCAGUGCCAACGACCAAGAGAAGGCUCUCCUCAAGGCAUGCUACAACGAUCUGUCAGGAAACAUCACGAAGGGUGUCGAGUUCGUCGCAAACCCUCCUGCGAAAUAGUGCAGCUCAGUACCUCUUGUGUAACGGGUAUCCGCGGGCAGGCUACGAGCCGCCAUGAUGGAUGAGAUAUGACACCAUACGAGACAUGAUCUGGAAGUGAUGAACAAUACCAAUAUGUACUCGAACACGUUUGAUGAAUGUACCAGUGACAACAA